AUGGAUAUGAAAAGCGAAAUAUUGAAACGACUAUCGAACCCGGAACGCAGUUACGCCGAGAAUCUGGCGUACGGCAUAAAGCUUUGGAAAUCGUCUAGUUUUUACUACAUGUCGAAGUACGAUGUAAUUUUCACGUUUUUUCUCGACGGUGUGACUGCAUUCUUCCGCGAACUGGGUGACCUGGACGAGCAGCAGUUUAAUGAACGGUGGCAAAUCGUCAACAGUUUCCUAUCGCUUCCCUGUCCAUCGAAUGCACUGCCGGCAACGAUUGUGGAACGGUUGAAGAAUGUGCUGAGUGAUUUCGGACAGGAGAUUCCCGGACGGCGUGAGCAGCUGCUGGAAAGUCUGCUGACGUCUGCGUUCGAUACCAAGUACAAAAAUUUCUACAAAUUCGAUUACGUAUCGUACGGAAAGAUUCUGCGGGUCACGCUAGAGUACUACAAGAAGUGCCUCAAAGAAGUCCGGCCCAAGGAGGAUGAAGAGAAAACGAUAGACCGCAUUUUUGACGAUGUGAAGAUUUAUCUCAAGUCCGCUACGGAUGAUACCAAAUGGACCGAAGCGUUCAGUUAUAUCCUAACGCCCCUUUCGGAAGUGGUCCUGCUACUCAAAAUGCGUGGCAUCGAUCGGCAUGAGCAGUUGCUGGAGUUCUUUAAACAGGUUUACUUUGGAGAAGGUAAAGCGUCAUCCUACAAUCGAGUGACCGACCAAACGAAGCGUCACCUGUUUAUGGGCUGCUUCGAUAUGAACGAACUGCCACUGCACGUUAUUGCGCUGCUAAUUGAAGGAUACCUCCGAGCGUACCGUGAAAUGAAGCUGGAAGUGCUGCUCUUUCUGAAAUAUUUUCUGCUGCAUGCGUUCGUCGAUGAGCAACGAUCGAUCCUGAAGAGCACACACCAGAUUUUCACCAUCACGAAGCACGUGUUUGCACUGCUCCGCAAAUACUUCAUCAAAGUUGACCAGCAACAGGUGAUGGAUUUCAAUUUUACCGACAUUUUCACGGUCAAACUGAAAGAGUUUAUCGACAUCUGCGCGUCCUCCGAUUCGCUGCUGAAGGAUCUUUUUGAACUGAUCUGCACGAUCAACGACUACAAUCCCCUCAUAUUGGAGCACACUAUCGUCGGUAUCAUACUGAAAACCAUGUUCCUGCGCAAGGAUUCCGAGACGUUGCACCACUACCAGGGCAUGUUAAUUUCCACCAUGAGAAUGUACAUGAAGCUUAACAAGAACGAACAUUUUCGCACCGAACUGUUCGGGAACCUUGCCGACUAUCUGGAGGAAAACGAACUGGAUGCGGUCAUUCGGGAGCUGAGAGGAAAGGGCAGUGGAAAGAGAAAGAGUAAAGUUUGUGUUGGCGACAGUGACACGCCCUUGAAGAAGAAAAAGCUGCAGAAUGGAUCUGCACAACCGAUCGUCACGAUCUCGGAUGAUGAGAGAAUGUUUUUGGAUUUUUUAAUUGUAGCUGAGAAAGGUUCCGGUGAAGGAAGCAAACCAGUGGCAAGGAUACAAUUGCAAAACCUGUGUCCCGCGCUUGCUUUCGCUUGGCCAGAUACGGAUGGUCUAUUAAGCAAUGCCAUGAUGGAGUACAUGAAGGUGCUACUGUCCGGCCGAAGCUUUGAAUAUUGGGACUCCAUGAUGGGGAUGCUGAAGGAAGCGAUCGAAACACCGCCAGAGGAACAAACCGAAAGUAGUAUCUUUCUGUUGGAACUGACCAUGUGCUGGAUGUGCUACUUUUUCGCCGGCAACACACUGAUCGAACACUCGAACCUGUUCUGGGAAAAGUUGACCAAGCAUUUUGAGGAAUUCGAUGAGACACUGGCCAACUUUGCACGAUCGUUGCUGUUGGGUGAACAAUCAGGUGACGGCAGAUGUUACAGUGCCUUCUUGCAAACGGCAUAUUUCUACGCCAAUUACCGAUUAAUGGUGCGUUACUAUCGACCGGAUUCGAUCGAAGUAGAUGAAAGUCAGCGGAUGCACGCGUAUCUGGGUGAGGAUGAGUGGGCCACGAUCGAGGAGCGUCUACCGACAAAGGAUGCACCGCUGAUGAACCGUGUUUUGUUACAAAAACAUAGAGAAAGAGAGCUGGUUGGCGAUGAAAUAGCGCCCGAGGAACGCCAAACAUUGGUCGAUAGGGUGACAGGCGGUCAAACGGGAGAAAACCUACGCUGGGUUCUUCUGGACCGUUCAACGAACGUAUGGUUUCUAUCGCUCCUAGACCCAGAACAACAAGCGAUGAUGGCGGUUUAUCUUGUCGACCGUGCGUAUUGUCCGUUGGAGGAGAUCAAACACAUUCUAAAAGAAAUUUCCACAAACCACGGUUUGGUUGAAAUCUUCCUGUUGGCGGCGUACAAAAGAAUUGCCGAAAAUGUGUUGGCUGCAUGCGAAAACGCAGUAUGUCGGAAGGUUUCGUUCGAUAAAUUGGUCGGUCAAAAUGAAUCGGACGUACUACCCCGUCUACGGAAACUACUUGUACGCUGCGCAAGUAAUCGAUCGGAAGAAUUAAAGUUUGAAUUAACGGAUGUGGCAGAAAUGGAGCAUCUACUGGCGGUGCUGGACGAGAUAGAAAUCAACGAGAUACCAACGGAUAGAAAGGAAAUUCUCGUAGCGCUAAACAUGGUGCUCUAUGCGGACAUAAGUGCAUUGGGAAAUGAGCAACUUGCCGGUCGUUUCAUGAACCAGCUCAUGCUGCAUAUCUCUGUCGGAACCGUUGCAAAUGUUUCGAAGUUUGCCAGUAUCCAAACGUUGAUAGCGCUGUUUGGCCAAUCGCCACUGUUGGCGGCCAUCCUGAAACAAUUAGCAACAAACCUCACGGAGGAAGCCUUCGAAGAAUUUAGAACAAUAUUGGGAAGUUUCACCAAGGAUGACACCGAUCGAUUUGCUUUACUGCUGCUAAUGUUUAAUUUCUUGCAAAAGAAUAAUGCAAACAAACUGAAGCUGGUAAACGGCGAGGCAUUUGGCGCACUGUUGGAUGAUUUUGUCACUAUUAUCGAUGGUUUCGUGCUGAAAAAGCUUCCCAAACAGCUACGUAACUCGGACGCCGUGUGUUUCGAUCACUGUCUCGAGGCUUGCCUACUGAGCAUUCGAUACAAAGCAAGCCGAAAAAAGGAGCUUGAUGAGAAAUUGCGCGAUCAGCUUUUGAUUUACAUCGAGCAAGCGUGCAAAGUUUCCAGUUCAUCAUCUAGCAACUUGCUGACGACUUGUCUACAGUACAAAGCGUAUCUGAAACUUGACGAUGCACGGCUUACUGCCAUUCUGGAGAACCGUUGGCAGGAGUUCAUGAAAAUGACGCAGGAGGACACUUUACCGAACGUGAACUCGGGCCAUGUAAACGUUUUUACCGACGACAAGCCGCUGACCAACAGCGAGGGUCGUUUGCAGGAACAAAACCUCAAAAUGUUUGUCGUUUCCUUCACGAGCCAUCUUUCAGGGGCGGAAUAUGCUAAAAAGCUCCAGCAACUCGAUUCGGCCGCGUGUGGUAGUGGUUUGAAAAGCGUUACCUCAUUGGGUUCCGUGAUGCGGGCAUUUGCCAUUUUGGCAAAACUUGGUUUCAACGAAUCGCCAAGUGCAGAGACGAAUCAAGCGUUCGUACGUUCCUUCACCUCCGUCGUGGCACGAGAUGUGAUGGGUUUGUGCGUGUCUAAGAAGUUCUUGGACGAGCCGGAACUGCUGCUUGAGAUUCUGUCAAGUUUUGCUGCCGUCGUUGGUAGGCCCCAGAUCAAGCUUCUGCCGAACGCGAUGGAUCACGUUCUGGAGUUUCUGAGUGCGAUUAACAUACGUAAAUAUCCGCUUCUUGAGGGCGAAGAGCAACAGUUCUACAAACUGCAUCGUCUGAUCAGUGAGGUGUUGUACAUGCUAUUGAUGAUGCGUCCGAACUACGUCAGUCAUCGGUUGCCACAGUAUCUGCACGUCAUGCAAGGGCAAAUUGGGUCAAUCAUUUGCUACAAGGAGAGUUUCCCGGCAGCACAGAGCCUAAACAGUUUCGAGGUGCUCUCGAUCUCGGAUUUGCUGAUGCCCGUUGAAAAAAUGAUGAACACGGCGGUGAGGAAGCUGGAGAAGGAUUUACGCAUCCUCGCUCCGUAUGCGUUGGCACAAAUAUUGCACACCAUUAUCCAAAGCAAGCGCCCCUCGACGCAACAGGAACUGAUCGCUCGCAAAGUGUACAAUGUGUGUUUCGAGCUGAUCUCCUGUUACGAUUCACACUCGUCGGAAUACUUGUUGCGCACGAUGGACGAAAGCAGCCGUCUGCUGUACACCGACGUGGUAAAGCAGUACAAAAAGUAUCGCUCGUUCAAGGGAGUGGCUUAA